GUCGUUCAAGACCUCCUAUUUAACCGGCAUCACUAAUGGUGACAUUCGCCAAGUUGACCACAACGCCAAAGUCGAGCAACCCGUGGUGGCAGAGACUAAUACUACUGAACUUCCUUGUCGUUUUCCGACUGUCGGCAGUGUCGAGCGGAAGACCGGGCUUCUAUCUGUAUGCUAUCGACCGUAUCGUGCGGACGUCGUGCUACCUCGUGCCUAAUCAAAUCUCCUGCAUUCGUUGCCAAAUGAGCUCGGCGCAAAGGCCCAAGGGCUUAAGGUCCCUAGUUAAUACCCGGAUGACGUGCGUCCAGCGCCCUACGAUUCCCACUUUUUUGCCAAACGUUGACUUGCCUUUGUCUGGUGUAUCGGCGGUGCUCGAGGUGGCCGCCUCGAAAGUUCUCCGCUGCAUAUUCCAAAUCGCGUCGGGUUCGGAAGUAAUUGUCGUACUCUAAUGAUCUUUCGUCCGACGAUUAGCACGACUUUGCUUCCGUCCCCUUCAGCUUCAAUCAUUCUUAUGCAGUAGUUCCGGGUACCCUCGGGUACCCAACAGCCUUGCCUGCGGAGCUUGGCAUGUGUGUUUUGAGUCCUCUUGUCCUUACUUGCUCCUCAUGCGUGACCCCCGGUCU